GUAUAUGAUGGGCCAAGAUGUUCCUACAACAACUUGCGUAUCCUCUGCAACAAGUAGUAAUAUUUCUCAACAACAAACAAAUUUUGUUGGUGCUUUCAGUAACAUAGAUUCCUCCAAUGAUUUAAUAAAAGAAAAUGAACAAAAUAAGCAAUCAGCAACCACAACAUCUUCAAUUUCAAGUCAUUCCUCAACUUUUCUUCAAACAACUAGUAAUGUAGAUUAUCUUGGACAACAACAACAGGAUGAUAUUAAUUCUGACAAUUUUCCUGAAGAUUUGAAUGGUUUAGAUGGAAUCUCCCCAAUUGGUGAUUUAUCGCUAGCAGCGAAUGUUAUUGGACCAAAUUCUGGUGGAAAAUGUAAUUCUAAAGUGGAGUUUUUUGGUUUUGUGCCUACUUCAAUUGCCAAUCCAGCUUCAGCUAACGGACAUCAACAUCUUCAGCAACAACAAAAUAUAAAUUCUCAACAAAAUUUACAGCAGCAACAAUUUAAUGGUCCUGGUUCUGCACCAGCAGGUCCCUCUUGCUGUUCAUCUGCUGAUUCUGGACAUCAUUCAGCUGGUGGUUCUGUUUCUGGUGGAACAACAACAGGUUUCGAUUAUUUUCGACGUCCUUCUUCGUCAUCCUCCUCGAAUGUUUUAAAUCAAAAUACUGAUCAGCAACGGCUACAACAACAAAAAAUAAUUAUUCGUGAUCCGUUUGCACCCGACCUUCCUCCAACAACCUCUUCACAAUUUUCAAAUCUUUCACCUUUAAAUGGUCAUCAACAGCAUUUUAAUGAUCAACAACAGCAAUUAAUGCAGCCGACGAUGCAACCACUUAAUUGGGAUGGAAAACCUCCAGCUGAUUCUAAAUCCAUGGCAGAAUUGGCCAGGUUGGGGUCUACAGAUCCUUCACGGCCACCAUUGCUUCCAUUACCCAAUGUUAAAGAAGGUGGAAUUCCUCCUGGAGGUGUUUUUCCACAAUGGUCUUUUUAUAACAUGCCAUUACGUCAAAGGCUUGAACAACUCUACCCAGAAGGCACUUUUGCACCUAUGGGUCGUUGGUCAUCAAUGCCUAUGCCAAUGUUUAGGCCGGUUAUUCCUCAAGCUCGUAUGGUUUUGAUGUCUGUCAAACCAGGUGUGCCAGUGAAUCCAGCUUUGAUACCACCGUGGCUAGUUGGAAAGAUUCCACCGGGCUUUAUUCCAAUGGUUGCCCUCCCCGGUCCGAACGGUCAAGCGAUUCCUGUGCCUUACAACGCAAUUCUUCCUCCAGGCAUGUUUCCACCUCCUAAUCUAUUACCUCCACAACAACUUCAACCUAACAAUCUUUCCUCUGUUAAACAACAAUGUGAUGCCAACAUUUCUCUAAUUAAUUCAGCAAUGACACCAGGAGCUGCGCCAAAACCCAAAAAAGAAACGGCAAAACAGAGGAAACAACGAGAAAGGGAAGAGCAGUUAAGAAAAGAUCAAGAUAUGCAACAAAAUCAACAAACAAAUUUUGGCCGUUCUCCUCAAAUGGAUGGAGGAGGUCCAGGAGGAGGUCAAGAUGGUUCAUCUCCAUUUUUUGGUCAUAUACAACUGCAACAUCAAAUGUUGCAAGGAAUGCAACAGGAUGCUUGUUUUAAAGUCCCAGGCCGAUCACCUCCAUCCAUCAAACGAUGCACUUCUUCAAUUCCUCCAUCUGGUCCAGGAAGUGCUCCUCCACCUGUCAACAAUUGCUCUACACUUGCUCCUAUGCCAGAUCAGAGGAUACAUGCAAAGGGCUUAUGUUUUGCUUGUCAACAGGAAAUAAAUCAACAACGUAAAGCAAUUCAAUGUACUGCAAUUAGUCAAGGAUGUAAUCAACUUUAUCACUGGGAUUGUUCUGGUCUUUCAUCUGAUGCAUUUGCAGAAUUUUGUAAAGAUUUUCGUCUUGAAUGGAUAUGUCAAAGUUGUUUUAAUUUAAAAAGUAAAGAGCAAUGCCUUAUGUUGGCUUGCUAA